AUGGGGGUGCCCAUCCUCGUGGGCGGGGAGGCAGCUCUGGCCCAUGCUGCCGGGGGCCCAUAUCCUAGGGCCAAGGUCCGCACACUGCCCGAGAAGAAACACCAGGGAGCCCUGCCCCCUCGAACCCGGGGGGGGUCUGAUUACCCACCGUCACUGCGGGACCACGAGAGGGCACGGUGGGCUGAGUCGCGGGCUGCGGCGGAGAGGAGGCGAGGCACGUCCGAUCACCACGGCGGCCAGAUUCCGAAGGCUCGAAAGUGUAAUUGGAUUUUGAAGAUUCCAGAAUUAAUUGGAAGCCGUUCAGCCGCGUCCCUUUGUGAGGGAGUCAAGCGUCGAAUGCUGUCUUGCACGCGGCGCCGCUUUGUCACGUGUCAUGGCUGCGCAGCUGGUGCUUUGAGGGAGGAGAAGGAUGAGGAUGAUGAGGGUAAUAGCAGGAAUGGUGAUUAUAAGGACGGUAUUCGUGAGGAUAAUGACCUGCGCCAGGACGCCUCCUGGAGGGACAGCAUCUGCAUCUCCGUCGACUGCGAGGAUGAGCCAGUGGCAGCCAUCAAUGUGGAGGACCAGCUCUUCGACAUGUUCAAGGACGACACAGACCAAAAAGUCCACAUGGGGCGAUUUUUGGCUGCUCUCACAGACACAGGUCUGAGGAAGACAGACCCGCGCCUCCUUGAACUGAGGAACAACCUGAUGGAGGUCCACACCAGCCUGGAGUACCCAGAGGAUUCUUCCAUCAACUCCCUGCAGCUUGAAAAAGGAACAUUUAAGAGGCAUCAACGGUCACGCUCGCAGAGCCCGUCAGUCAACGGAUCUCCUUCCCACCGCGCCUAUCCCAUCACGUCUCCCACAUCAAGAUGGCUCGACAGACAGCAGUUCAAGAAGGUGAUUCAGGACAACAUUGUCUUGAUCUCGAGGGCCCUCCGGCACCAGUUUGUCAUCCCAGAGUGGCUUGACUUCAUCUCGCACAUCGAAGAGUUCUACUGGUCCGUCAAAGGGCUGACAGGAGGAAAGGUUGCCUCCUACAUUCCGCAGCUGGCUAGGUUCAGUCCAGACCACUGGGGGGUGUCAGUGUGCACCAUUGAUGGCCAGAGGUACUCCAUUGGCGACACUGACAUUCACUUCACCAUGCAGUCUUGUAGUAAACCAGUAACGUAUGCGAUUGCUCUUAAUGAACUGGGUAACGAAACAGUCCAUAAGUAUGUAGGGACUGAACCCAGCGGUCGAAUGUUCAACGCAAUUGUCCUCGACUAUAAUGAUAAACCGCACAAUCCCUUGGUCAACGCGGGCUCCAUCCUAGUCAAUGGUCUUCUGCAGAGUCUAGUCAAACCCGAUAUGUCUUCGUCCGAAAAAUUCGAUUACGUUCAGCAGUAUUUUAAGCGUAUGGCCGGCGGCGAGUACGUGGGCUUCAGCAACGGGACCUUCCUGUCGGAGCGGGAGAACGCCGACCGCAACUUCUCGCUGGGCUACUACAUGCGCGAGAACAAGUGCUUCCCGGAGAAGUGCGACCUCAUGGCGUCGCUCGAUCUCUACUUCCAGUGCUGCUCGAUGGAGGUCACGACGGAGAGCAUGUCGGUGAUGGCGGCCACGCUGGCCAACGGCGGCAUCUGCCCCAUCACGGGCGACCAGGUCAUGCAGCCCAACGCCGUCAGGGACGUCCUCUCGCUCAUGCACUCCUGCGGCAUGUACGACUACUCGGGCCAGUUCGCCUUCAAGGUGGGUCUCCCGGCCAAGUCGGGCGUCUGCGGCGCCAUCAUGCUGGUCAUCCCGAACGUGAUGGGCGUGUGCACGUGGUCGCCGCCCCUGGACUCGCUCGGGAACUCCGUCAGGGGACUCAAGUUCUGCGAGGAAAUGGUGCAGGUGUUCAACUUCCACCGCUACGACAACCUGCGCCACGCCGCCAACAAGAAGGACCCGCGCAAGCAGAAGUUCGAGUCGCGCGGACAGAAGGUGGUGUCGCUGCUGUUCUCCGCCUGCUCCGGCGACGUCACGGCCAUGAGGAGGUACGCCCUGGCCGGCCUCAACAUGGCGGAGAGCGACUACGACGGCAGGACGGCGCUGCACCUGGCCGCCGCCGAGGGCCACCUGGACACCGUGCGCUUCCUGCUGGACAAGUGCAGGGUCCCCCCGACGCCCAGGGAUCGCUGGGCCCACACGCCGGCCGACGACGCCGAGCAGUUCGGGUUCCCGGAGGUGGCGCAGUACAUCAAGGACUAUGAGCAGAGCCUGGAGGAGGCCAAGAAGAAGGACACCAUUGAGGAAGCGGAGGAGGAGACUCAGGCAGAGCAGUAAAAAGACUUUUCAAGGGACGGGGAACUGAAAGACGUCGUCUGCGAGGCAUUUAGACAUUAUUUCUUUCGGUUGAUUUCUAGUCAUUGGAACGUACAUUUCCAGGUGAAAGUGUAUGUGUGCUCUUGUUGUUUUUUACUCUUUUUCUAGUUUAGAAACGAUGGUUAGAAUCACCAUAAGAUAAUUUGUAUAUGUGAUGUCAGUCAGUUAUAUUCGACUCCAUUUUCGUGAUACGAAUUGUUAUAUAUUUUCCUUUUUUAUCAUAAAUGAUAUAUACAUAGCCAUACUGUAUAAACGGGAAACUGAAUAAAGGCAUCAGACAUAUUUCCCAAAAAAUAAUUUAUUGUAGAUAAUGUUAUUUUCAUUAAAUUUAUUGGCACAU